UACCAAAACCGAAGAGAUGAUUCAUAUUAAUACCGUCGUGUAAAUGGAAGUGAAGUUAUUAAUUUCGUCCAUGUCACUUCAACCGAAUUGAUAAAGGCACAAAACCUGUAUUCUUUUUUCGAAAACCACAAAACGCAACAUAGAAAAGCACGUUACGAAGAUGGAACAAAUAAACAAGAAAAACCUCCGACGUCGAUCCGUGGACUAUGGAACGAAGACCAACAGAUCAAAGCUUGCUGACGAUUCCAAGCGUCUGCGUCUUUUUAACCAAAGUAACCCGAACAAAACACAACUGACGGGUGAUUCUCGAUUUGUUGUUGCCGCCAAGAUCGCAACCCUGAAUAACUCGGCCGUCGAUCUAUACAUCAAGAGAGACUUUGAGAAUGCCUCCGGAUUCUUCGAGGAAGCCACGCUCCUUCGACUUAUAUCUGAUUCCCUCUUUCCGCCAAAAGUCUUGUUUGAUCUAUCGAGACCACCAAACAACAAGAUGACUUGGGACAAAGGUACGGAUGCUGCGAAAACGUACACAAUGGGCGACUCGGCCGUGCCUUUGACAUCAAAUUACAUGUACCAGCGGACGGAAUUCGAUGAAGGCAUCUCGUUGUAUUGCGAUACCAAGGUCAUCCACGACGGAGAUCAUCAUCUAUCGGCGAAGGCGACGCUUCUAUUCAAUGCGGGACAGGCGCGAAGAGAACUCGGCGACCUUGUUGGCGCCGUUGCCUUCUACGGGGAUGCACUUUCUGUGCUCCUACCAAACCUUGAAACGGACGAGGCCACGCAUUUUUCACCCCACCGCAUUGUUGUGCCCGUCCUUCACAACCUCGGACAAAUCGCCUAUCGAAUGGGAGCUGCUUCGAAGGCAAUCUGGUUGUAUGAGAUAGCACUGGUUCAUUGCCGGGUGCUCAACGGCGAACGAAGCUUGUCCGUAGCUUCGACUCUCAAUUGUUUGGGCGUAAUGCAUUACCACUCACCAGCAAAUGACGACUCGGACCAGGCCAUUCGAUACUUUUUGAGGGCCCUGGAUGUACUACACGAGGUCAUGGGGUCGGCCUCAGAGUACGAAGCAACCAUUCUGAACAAUCUAGGAAGGGCAUACGUACAUUAUAACGAGUUUGAUCUCGCCUUCGAGAGUUACGAUCAAUCCCUUGCGAUUCGAAAACAUUACCUCGGGCCGGACCACGUCGACUACGCCGCAACCGCCUUUAAUGCUGGUCAAAGCCUUCACCAUAAGGGUGCGCUCUAUUUCGACCGAGCCAUGGAACUUUAUGGAGAUUUUCUUCGCGUUGCAUUGGUUCGAUUCUCGAAGAAACAUAGGGAUGUCGCUGUCGUUUUAAGUGGAAUGGCACAAAUCCAUCAAGAACGGAAGGAGUAUCCAAAAGCAUUGAAACUAUACGAGGAAGCCUUGGAGGUCGCAAAGGAAGCACUUGGCAAUUUUCAUUUGGAAGUGGCGGUCAUUUGCAAUCGGAUUGGAAAUUUUCACUUCGAACGAGGGCAUUGCGACAAAGCCUUGGAAGCUUACAAAGAAGGCUUGCACAUAGAAUUGCGGCUUUUCGAAAGAACCCAUCCCAAUAUCAUCGUUACGAUGAGUAACAUCGGUGGAAUUCUGCGCCAAAAGGGAAGCCUUGAAUGUGCCAUUCGUAUUUACAAGGACGUAGUGAAACUGCAAACCAUGCGGUAUGGUAAGAAUAGUGCCGAGGUAGCGACAACGCUCAGCGUCAUUGGCAUGAUAUACGAUCAAAAUGGAAACUCCGAUAAGGCCCUUGUGACGCUUCAGAGAGCAUUGGCAAUAAGGCGAAGCGCCACUGGAGUCAAUGACGUCGAUAUCUGUACCACGCUUACACUUAUCGGAACAAUUUUGUAUCGAAAGUCGAUGGUAUCAACGGCUAUAGAAUUCUUUUCGGAAUCACUCAGUAUCCGCCGCAUAAAACUUGGAAAGAACCAUCGAUCCAUUGCUUACACAUUAUACAACAUAGGGCUUUGCCACCAAUCCCUGGGUAACCUGAACCAAGCAGUUGAUUGCUACAAAGAGACACUAAGAAUAGAAAAAAUGGUCCUUGGAGAAGACCACAAGGAUAUUUCUAUGACUUUAUUGAAAUUGGGGGAAGCGUGCAAGGCCAAAGGUGACUUGGAUGAAGCACUUGAUGUUUUAAAUUAUGCCCUUGCAAUUGAACGCAGCACGAAAGGACAAGAUAAUCCUGCAGCUGUCGUAAGAAUAAUCAACGAAAUAGGAACUAUCCAUCUCGAAAAAGGUGAUUUUGUCCCCAUGAUGGAAGCUUUUUGCGAGGCAUCAACAUUAUUUCAACAAGCAGGACUUACUGCCGAAAGCAUUGCGAUGCCUGGGGCCUUGUAUCACAUCGGAAUCAUUUUUCCAAGUGGUGCUCCUGCGGCAUGAAUGAAUAUAAAACAUUAAAAACUCAAACUUACUAGUACAUCAAAUCUUUCAGGUCCAUUGCAAUGUCCUCAAGUGGAUCUACACGCUCUUCAUCAUCCGAGGAAUCACUGAUGUGUGACUUAUUGAAGUUGUCUUUUAGGUGCAAUACCGACGAAACCGAUUGAAAGGCUCGUUUAUCGCUUUUCCUAAGGCCCAAAAGUGCAUUGGAUCCAUCAGCUUCUGUAUUUCGAAAAAAUGCCAAACGAGAUGAGCUACUACUCAUGGCCACGGAUGCUGUAGCUCUUGCUGUGCCUGCUUUUGCAAGAUAAGAUUUUCUCCCGAGAACAUCAAGAAAAAUAAUUCUUUUGAACUCAA